AUGGAAAAUGCCGCCGCCACGAUUACAGCAUCUUCCGUCCACUCAAGCUGCUCAACAGAGAAGGCAAUCUUAAACUCGGAAUCAGAGUCUUCGGGCUUCCCAUACGCAGCAGCAUGGUGCGCCAAUAGUGUGUCUGGUCAGUGGCUUCAGGUUGAUCUGAAUUCACUGACCAGUGUAGCAGGUGUGAUCACACAAGGAAGAGGAGAGGACCGCUACUCUAUAUCUCAGUGGGUGACCAGCUAUAAACUAGCAUUAAGCUCCGAUGGCGUCGUGUGGGAAACAUACUCAGAGCAAGGACAAGAAAAGGUGUUUGCAGGUAACACCGACAAGAAUACCGAAGUUGAACACCUCCUUGACCCGCCGGUCACGGCAAGGUUUGUUCGGUUUUACCCGCAGACGGUCCAUGUACAUCCCAGCAUGAGAAUGGAGGUGCUUCUGUGUGCUCCAGCAACAACUACAACUGAGACCGCCACUACUACAACGCCUGGUGUUACAACCACCACGCCUGUUGUUACAACCACCACGUCUACAGUUACAACCACCACACCAGCUGAAACAACCACAACGCAUGCCGUUACAACCACCAUGCCUGCAUUUGCAACCACAAUGACUGCUUUUGCAACCACCUCGCCUGCUGUUACAACCACCACGCCAGUUACAACCACCACACCUGCUAUUACAACCACCAUGUCUGUAAGCACAACCACCAUUACAACUAGUGGUGAUGCUAACAUAGAGACCACUGCGAUGUCAGGUGAAGCGACGCUAACCACCAGCCGGCCGGGAGAGGGAGGAUCCGCCGCCGCCAACAAGGGCGAGGCACGGGGCGGGGCGGUAGCAGGCGGCGUGGUCGGAGCGAUCAUGGCUGUAGCGGGAGCAGGACUAGCCGUAGGCGGGUUCCUGAUGUACAAGAAGAAAAAGAACAAUGUCACUGUGGAGCCUGCACCAUAA